UUCCCGAUCGUCCGAGUUUAUUCUAGAUUAUUUCACAUGACGUGUACUAUUCUAUUUGGGUUGUCGAUUUGUGUGUAAUAACAGCAUUCAAAAAAGUGUACGUGGUAAAGAAACAAGCGAAUUAGUGGUGAAAUAUCCUGGUAUUAUUCAGUGUUGAUAGGUGUUGAAAUAAUCGCAUAGUCUUGUGUCAAAAUUAAACAGUUGAAAGUGCAAACAUUAUGGCGCCGUCAGUGCAAACAUUUCUAAAUUCUUUCAGUAAUUCACUGGAAGCUCCCGUAAGGCAACACCUGAAAAAUGUCUACGCCUGUUUGGCCAUGUCCACAAUGGCAGCCGCCAUUGGUGCUUCGAUACACUUAUUUACGAAUAUAAUCCAGGCUGGUUUCCUGUCAGGCAUCGGGGCUUUAAUCUUUUUCGGGUUGUUGAUGGCAACGCCCGAUGAUAACGGCAAAGGACUCAAAAUGCGCAUUGGUUAUCUCUUGGGAUUCACAACACUGACAGGUGUGGGCAUGGGGCCCCUUUUGGAGCACGUCAUCGCCAUAGACCCAAGCAUCAUCGUCACGGCUCUAAUUGGUACAGCAGUAGUCUUCGUGUCAUUCUCAAUUUGCUCACUUUUGGCUGAACGAGGAAAAUGGUUGUACUUGGGGGGCACUUUGAUGUCCCUCUUGUCAACUUUGAUGAUCCUUUCGUUGGCGAACUUGUUCUUUGGAUCGUCGAUGUUGUUCCAAAUCCAGUUGUAUUUGGGGCUCUUUGCGAUGUGCGGAUUUGUCCUUUAUGACACACAGUUGAUCAUUGAGAAGAGAAGGUUGGGAAGCAAAGACUUUGUGACCCAUUCUUUGGAUUUGUUUGUCGAUUUCGUUGGGAUCUUCCGGCGUGUACUUAUUAUUCUCACACAGAAGGAACAGGAAUCGCAGAAGAAGCGAAGAAAUUGAGUGAAGCCAUUAAGUGACGGAAGGUUUUUAUUUUUGUUAAAUUAGUAAGUGAUUGUGGUGUUGUGUAAUAUAUUUUCCAUUUAUCAUUAUAUGAUACCUAAUGUUAUUUUUUUUUUCUUUAAAUGUAAUAUAAAUUUAAGUUAAAUAAAUAAUUUUUCUAUAAA